AUGCACCAGCCUGACUCAGCCGCAGACAUUAGUGCUAGGAAGAUGGCGCACCCGGCGAUGUUUCCUAGAAGGGGCAGCAGCAGUAGCAGCAGCUGCGUUACUGCUCCCACUGCACCAGGUACCGGCGUUGGGAGCGCUGCCCUCUCCGCCGAGGAUUAUCAGCCGCCUUUGCUGGUCCAGCCGCCGCCUCCGUCUCCUGCAGCAUCUUCGUCAGCGGGUCCACAGGCGACACCCCCUCCUCCACAAAGCCUGAACCUCCUCUCGCAGUCUCCGCUCCAGCCACAGCCUCUCGCGCAGACCGGAGCCCAGAUGAAAAAGAAAAGUGGCUUCCAAAUUACCAGUGUGACCCCUGCUCAGAUAUCGGCUAGUAUGAGCUCUAAUAACAGCAUAGCUGAGGAUACAGAAAGCUACGAUGACCUGGAUGAGUCCCACACUGAAGACCUGUCGUCUUCAGAAAUCUUGGAUGUUUCUUUAUCCAGGGCCACUGACUUGGGAGAACCCGAGAGGAGCUCCUCUGAAGAGACUUUAAAUAACUUCCAAGAGGCAGAGACUCCUGGGGCUGUUUCGCCAAACCAGCCUCACCUGCCUCAGCAGCACGCUCCUCUGCCUCAUCACCCGCAGCAGAGUGUUGUGAUCAAUGGAAGUGUUCACCCCCAUCACGUUCAUCACCACCACCACCUUCACCACCACCAUCAUGGACACCAUCAUCCAUCGCAUCCCAGCGUGGGCAGUGCCCCAAUUUCUGGAGGACCACCGCCCAGUCCAUCCUUUAGAAAACUGUCAACAACUGGAAGCUCUGACAAUGUUAUAUCAACCGCACCAGUUUCUGCUGCAUCAUCCGCUGGUUCCCCGGCACCUGUCGUGUCCAAUAUCCGCACUACAAGUACUCCUGGCAAUUUAGGUGUAAGUGCUGCUACUGGAACUAGUACCUUAAAUAAUAUGGGUGGUGGUAGUUCUGGUGUGGCGAGCGGUGUGCUUGGUACUAUCAAUUUAAGCAACAUCACGAGUACUGGUAAUGUAAAUGCUUUGUCUGGAACUAGCAGCAAUGUUAAUGUGAAUAUCUUGAGUGGUGUUGGCAAUGGUACGAGUGCUUCCUCUAGUGUCAUUAACAAUGUUACUAAUCCAACUGCAGGCAUGGCAGUGGGAUCGAGCCAGCAACAGCCUGCAUCUGGCACAUCGAGGUUUAGGGUUGUAAAAUUAGAUUCUAGUUCUGAACCUUUCAAAAAAGGUAGAUGGACAUGCACUGAAUUCUAUGAUAAGGAAAACACUGUUGCGGUUUCAGAAGGAGUAGCAGUAAACAAAGCAGUAGAGACGAUAAAACAAAACCCUCUUGAAGUGACUUCUGAAAGGGAGAGCACCAGUGGGAGUUCUGUUAGCAGCAAUGUAAGCACACUGAGUCACUAUACAGAAAGUGUGGGAAGUGGAGAAAUGGGAGCACCUACUGUGGUACAGCAGCAAGCGUUUCAAGGUGUGGGUCCGCAGCAGAUGGAUUUUAGCAGCGCUGCUCCUCCGGCAAUUCCAGCAUCUAGUAUACCACAGAGUGUUUCUCAAUCACAGCUUGCACAAGUCCAGCUGCAUUCUCAAGAAGUAAACUAUCCACAGCAGAAGCCAGGGGUCCAGCCUCCUGCACAGGCCAGUCUAACCACUGUUACUGGGGUUCAGCCAGCCCCAGUUAAUAUACUAGGUGUAUCCCCAUCUCUGGGCCACCAGCAGCCUGCCAUUCAGAGUAUGGCUCCACAGCAGCUACCCUAUUCUCAGCCGGCGCAGCCUGUGCAGACUUUGCCGGUGGUGCAGCAGCAGCAGUUGCAGUAUGGACAACAGCAGCAACAACAGCAGCAGCAGCAGCAACAGGCAGUUCCUGCGCAGAUGGCCGCAGGUCACGUUAAGCCGGUGAACCAAAACUCUGUUACGGGGGCUAUGCCAGACUACAUUCAACAUCAGCAGAUCCUUCAGACUCCAGCCCCUGCCAUGCAGCCUAGUUCUACAGGAGUAGGAGCGGGGCAACCGGUUCCCGUUGCCCAGGCACAGAGCAUGCAGCCGUCGGUGCAAGCACAUCCAGCCGCUGCCCCAGCUCAGCCUGUCGCGCAUGCUCCGGCAGCGAUACCGGGUGUAGGUGCCAGUGGUCAAAUGCUGAAUGUUGGGCAGCAGGGAAGUGUAGCCUCUGUGGUGCAACCACCAUCUGCUGGGAACCAAAUUCCACCUCCGGUUAUGCCGUCAACGGCUGCUCCUCCACCUUCACAAGUAGUGCAGCCUGUGCAGACAGGAAUAAUGCAGCAGGGAUUACAGGCUAGCGCUUCAGGCCUUCCUCAGCAAAUGGUCAUUGCUCAGCAAAACACCCUGUUACCUGUACAGCCGCAGGCACAAGGAAUGGAAUCUGUAGUCCAAGGGAUGACUGGCCAGCAACUGCCUGCGGUUAGCCCUAUUCCUUCUGCUAGUACUGUUCCUGCACCAAGUCAGGCUGGGUCAGCUGUGCCUCCUGGCAUACCUUCCGCUUCCAUAGGCUUGGGACAGCCGCCGAACAUGGCGCAAGCUUCGGCUGUGCAGAAUGGGAGUUUGGCUCAGAGUGUUAGUCAGCCUCCCUUGAUAUCGACAAGUAUAGGUAUGCCAGUGGCACAGAGUGUGCCACAGCAGAUACCGCUAAGCUCUACCCAGUUCCCCGCACAAUCACUAGCUCAGUCAGUUGUAAGCCAAACUGAAGAUGGCAGACGCCCUACAGAGCCUUCCUUAGUGGGUUUACCUCAAGCUGCCAGUGGCGAGAGCGGUGUUGGAGCAUCGGCCGUUUCAGAUGGCGGUAGCAGCAACGUGCCAUCCUCUGCUUCCCUCUUCCCGCUGAAGGUGCUGCCGUUGACGACGCCCCUUGUAGAUGGUGAGGACGAGAGGUAA